AUGGCAAAUUACAAGCUGUCUGCCACUGAAAUUGCACUGCUAAGUCGCUUACGACAUCCUAAUAUAGUAAAAUAUUAUGGAUCUGAAACGGUGGAUGAUAAAUUGUAUAUAUACUUGGAGUAUGUUUCGGGUGGUUCCAUCUAUAAACUUCUUCAGGAGUAUGGACAGUUUGGUGAAAUAGCCAUUCGUAGUUUUACUCAACAAAUCUUGUCUGGGCUCAAUUAUUUGCAUGCUAAAAACACUGUCCACAGAGACAUAAAAGGAGCUAAUAUACUUCUAGAACCCAGUGGCCGUGUCAAACUGGCUGAUUUUGGGAUGGCAAAGCAUAUUACUGGGCAGUCUUGUCCAAAGUCAUUAAAGAGGAGCCCUUACUGGAUGGCACCUGAGGUGAUAAGGAAUUCAAAUGGUUGUAAUCUUGCUGUUGAUAUAUGGAGCCUUGGGUGUACAGUGUUGGAGAUGGCAACAGCAAAACUACCAUGGAGCCAGUAUGAGGGGGUCGCUGUUAUGUUUAAGAUUGGAAACAGCAAGGAGCUUCCUGCAUUUCCUGAUAAUUUGUCAGAUGAUGGGAAGGACUUCGUGAGGCAAUGCUUGCAACGGAACCCAUCACAUCGCCCUACAGCUGCUGAACUUUUGGAGCACCCUUUUGUGAAAAAUGCUGCUGCACUGGAGAAACCAAUUUUAACUGCUGAGCCCACAGAAGCAACACCUGCAGUUAUGAAUGUAGGAAGAUCAAUGGGCAUUGGGCAUGCAAGAAACAUCGCAGGCUUUGAAUCAGAAGGGGUUGCGAUCCAUCAAUCCAGAGGCUCAAAAACUGGUGCAGGAUUGACGUCUCUCUCUCUCUCUCUCUCUCUCUCUCUCUCUCUCUCUCUCUCUCUCUCUCUCUCUCUAUAUAUAUAUAUAUAUAUAUAUAUUCAUGCAGUUCUGUGCUUCUCUACUCAGAUGUGUUUAGUGAAGAAUUUCUAGUAGACUAUAUUUUAGCUGAAAAUUACCAAGUGCUAAUUUUCUGUGGAACAGAAAAAUACCUUAUGUGAGUUACGUUUCUCAUUCUAUUCUACAUGUUGUAUUGAGGGCAGGUUGGCAUAGCCCUUGGGGGCUAUCAGUAUAAAGGAUCCUUAUCAUCAAUCAUCAUGCAACUGAAAUAAAAUAAGUAGAGUGGUAGUAUUACUUUGUUCAAAGGCUAGCGAUAAGUUGAUAUCCUGAAUUUUCCCCCCUCAAAUGAUGUUUGAGGUAAAAAAUUUUCUUUCAUUUUUCUUGUUUUAGUCUUGUGACAUCUGUAGUCAUUAGCCCAUGUGUUUAGCAUGUGCUUUAUUGAAAGAAAGUCUUAAGCUUUGACUUAAAUACUAUUGAUCACGUUAUGGUUCAAAAUCUCAAAGAAAUGUGCAUCUGCUAGUUGGUUUUAGCGAUUAGUUGAGUUGUGCUAUUCAGAACAUGUAAUUGACUGCUAUUGUGUGCAUUUAAUUCUCUUUUACUCCAAAUAUUUCUUAUCCAAUUUUCCCC